AUGUUUGCGUUUGUAGCGUUUACCAUUGUUCGUGAGCAUGGGGGCAGUUUCCUGUCCAGCGGUAUGUCGCUUUGGCGCAUGCGGAGGCCACGUGCCUACGUUGUGUUUGCGUUGUACUCGAAGCUUUCUUGGCGUGGCGUGGCGUUCCAGUAGCGUAGCGUUUCUCUUGGUUCUGCCCCAGUUUUGGUUAGCUUGGUUUCUCAGUUCGAGCAGCAUAGCGUUUUCUCUUGGUUCUGUCAAAGUUUUUUCCGGUCGAAGUGGUUUUUCGUUACCGUUGUUCGUCGUUGUUCCUGUUGUGGUUCGUCCUCUGCUGGAGAGUUUUUGGUUGUCUUCUGUAAUGCCGCGCCCAUCUCGCUCGACCAACAACAGCUUAUCGGCGGGCCUUCCUACCGAAGACUCCCUUCCAUCUACGGCAACGUCUGAAAGUCCUGCGUCGAGUACGGCUUCUAGUUCUUGGUCGCCUCAGUUGGCUGACUCCCUCACCGAGGCUGUGGUGCGGGCAAUCGGAAACUCCAUUCCCGCCAUUAUUUCAUCUAUCCAGAGAAACGCCUCCUCGCAGGCUUCUUCCUCGGUUCCAGGCGUUUCUGCUAGCGGGGCUCCACAACCUUUAUUUUCUUCAGCGUCCGUUUCGAGUGCGAGUACAAGUGUCGGUGUUUCUUCGGUGGCUUCAGGUACGUUUACCCUUCCCGCGUUUGUUCCUACGUUUACGCCAGUGCCGGCCAUUACCGUCUCGAGCUCGGCCCGCCCCGUAGCACCUACUCCCUCCACUUUCGCAUCGCCCGGCGUUACUAGCGGUCUUCCAAGCCUUGAGUCUUCGUUGGCAUCUGCCAAGUCUGAGAAGGCUUUUAUCGUUGGUCCGGGGCAUGCCCCUAUUCCUUCAAAACUGGUGUCAAAAAUUGUAGGUGGCCAGUUUGUCGAGUUGGCAGAUUUGUUGUCCGUGAACCUCCGCGCCGUGGAGCAGGAGCCGCAAACGUUCCUCGAUGGUAAGCUCGUGGUGUCCUCGUCAAAACGCAGGCAAGUGGAAAUAAAAGACAUUUUGACUUGGACGGAAGCCUUUACUAUUUUUCAGAUGGUGCUGUGA